AUGGCAACAGGGCCGGAGCCAAAUCCUAGAGAGGACGUGCCCAAAAACAUGCCACAUCAUCAUGACACCCCAGAUGACCAUGGUAGCGGUGACGCUGAUGAGCGAUUCGCAGCUCCUGUCAGGCCCUCAGCCAUGAGUCAUCCUCCCCAAUCAGAGGAUUCGGAUUCUACGCCGACGGAGAGGUCGAUAGACGACAAUCCAUUUGUUGCCAUGCCUCGUCCACACACGAAUAACAACGUGAGCAGAAUUGAAGUGCGAAAUGAACCGGUCCUUGGACAUGAGGAUGGAGUUCGCACGAACCCACCAAGACUGACCUGCCAUGUCUCUCAAAGGCUGAUCGCCACCAUGCCAUAUAACCCAACGGCAUCGAUUCGCCCGCCAGCGGGCCCUGCGAGACUUACUGCAAGUUCGUCCCAAUUGCAACAAGGGCAGGACGACUCUGGCCCAGCUCCACCAGAAGAUGAAGCGACAAGUGCGCUCAAGCUGUUGUUCACCCAGUGGACGAAGGUGAAUCCACAGUUGAUUGAAGACGUGUUGGACAGGGGUAAGCAUGCCGCAAAUCCAGCGCCAACAACAGAAGGUGAUCUACUCUCAGACGACUCGGAUGCGGAGAGUGACAGUUCGCGUGGCCGGCGGCCAAGGUAUCGGACAGAAAGUGAGCUGUCAUCACCUGUCUCACGGUCCCGAUCCAGAAGCCGUCACCGACCAUACAAGCGCGAUAUCCGGAAUGGCGGUGGCUCAGGAUAUGCUCCGCAGGCGCCUCCUCGGUCAGGGCCGGAACCAACAGGGUGGGGGUGGCCAUCAUUCCCUCAUGUGACAGAGAGGGCGAUUCCAUUUGUACGGCAUGUUUGGCAUCCACCGCACGUUGAAGAAGUGCCACUUGCAAAAGUCCUCGCCGCCUACAAUGGACGGUUUGUUUGGAUGCUUCGCAGCCCGGAGGACUUGACUUACUAUGUGGACAGCCAAGCUUGUUUGCGGUAUUGGAUGACGCCCGGCCCAAAGGAGGCGAAGUUUGCUCAAGGAGAGGUUGAGACUGUCUUACCCAAACAGUGGGUGCAGAAGAAGGUGGUAGAGCUUUUUGGCUUCGUCUGCAAGAAUGACGGCGAAGCACAUUGGGCGAUUCCUCGACAAUUGACUUAUGUCGAAGUUCGGAAGCUCGUCGAGACGUCGUCACACCUCAUAGAAGAAGAAAUUCGCAGAAAAGCCGCCCAACUCACACAGAAGCAACAAGGCCGCGCUGAUGUCGAACCUGUUUUGAGGCGGACGGACCAGGAGGAACCCCUGCACUCCGCUUUCACUCAUAGCGAGUGGCCCAACUUUGUUCCGAAUCCUAUCAUCAUUCCAACGCCACCUUUCACCCAGAGUCAAAGUGAUGCAGGUGCACUGGUUCCCACCACUCGACCAGGGGAUAUGCAGCUGAUCAAAAGAGAUAAGCCUUUGCAAUCGCACGCGGCGAGUUGGAACCUUGACACCGACGACCACCUAAGACAAGACGAAGGCGAAGUCUCGGAUUAUUAUGAUGACGAUAAUCAGGAGGAGAAUGGCGACGUAACCGACGUUGCCAGCAUUCAUGUUCCUAACGACCAACUCGGCAUCGACAGUGACACUCCCCAUAGGCGGCGACGGCGGCUAUCAUCACCAUCGAACGAUACCUCCAAGAGGCCUGAAGGUGGGCGAGGCGGUAUAGGAGAUUCCAGCAGUAGCCACAGUCAUAGCCACCAAAGCAAUUUAUCACAAUCAACUUCCAUGAGAACUCCCGACUCGGAACUGGGAACGAGUGCGGAGACUGGGCCUGCAAGCAGGACCGGGACUGGGGCCGGGUCCGGAAGAAGACGACGAAGCGAACGAUCACAUACGUCGAAGACUUCAAGGUCGACAAGGGAGCAGAGAAAAGCCGGGGUGCAGGACGCAGAGACGCAGAGUCAGGCGACGGAUGUCCCAACUGGUAGUGGCAGCACACGCCGCCAUAGAACUCGGCGUUAUUGGUAG